UGAGUAUCAAACCAAGGCCUUUGAUACCUCCGGCUAACACGGUUUCUGGAGUUCUCUUUCCUGCUACUCGUAAUUCUGCCCGUCAAUUGAGUUACUAGCAGUGUUCAGGCCCGUUUUGAAUUCGCAAUCAUAUUACUCGAUCCCUAACAAUCAUGUUUGCUAUUCAACCAGCGCAGAAAGAAGCAUCUUCUACGACAGAGGAAUUAUCACCAAAUUGCUGUACGCCCAACAUACUGCCGUGUCGCAUUCACCAUGAUGGCCCCGUCGACAAUAUCAGCCGGUAUUGGACUCCUGUGACAGACGAGAAGGGCCUCCAGAUUGCGUAUUUCCGCGGGCGUAAACUUCGAGGGCGGCGUGUUGCGAUUCCAGAGGGAUACCAAGGCGUUGUCGCUAUCACAACCGAUAAAACCCUUCCGGUGAAGCAAAAUAACCAUAGCAUUGAGGAUCUGGAUGUCGAACCCGAGGAGCCCGUCAAAAUCCUUGAACAGCAGGCCACGUUCGAUGAACUGCUCGUUUGGGAUCACGAAGCGAUCCCUGCUACGGAUGAUUCGUUUGUGAAAGGGGUGGAAGAGUGGUUGAAGUUUGCAGAAGUCAUGCAUUCAAGCCCAUCCUCUGAUGCUAACUCCAAGCAAAAAUCGACAUGAAUGUGAGAAAAAUGAGGAUGCUUCCUAUUUCUGGACCGUUUCCCUGCAACAGACUAUUAGUAUAUUUUGCGCUGUGUAUAGGAGAGCAGGGUUUCAUACUUAUAGCCGCAAACACAUGUAUAAAAGACUGUGCUGCCUUCGUCCGCACUACGCAAUUGUACAGUCGUGAAGUACAUCUCCUUCCUCCCGCAUUUCGCACAAGUGUGUUGGCCGAGGGCUUCUGUCUUCUUGUCUGCAGCAGUCAAGGUCUGGACGGCGGAUCUCUUCGCUCUGAGUAUCGACGGGAAAUCACUCGGCUUGGACUGGGAGACGAUGGUCUUGGGAAGAG